AUGGCCGCGGCGCUGAAGGCCGGCUUACCGCGGCUCGGAUUGGAUCCGGACGAAGAUAUCGUAAAUUAUCUAAUCGCAUUAAUAGAAGCCGAAGGACCAGCAGCAUGUGCUGAGUGGCUAGAGAGUGCCGCUACUGGCGACCAUGGUGACGCUGCCCUUGAGCUGGCUGAGGCGGCGUCUGCAGAACUGCGUGGACAACCGGAUGACGGUGGAAUUUCGAGAGAAACGGGGUCAUCGAGCGCGAACUCUGGAACAACUGGCGAUUCGGGUGAUCCCCUUGAUUCGCUGGACAUCGCAAUAGACGCGGCGAAGGCGGCAGGUAACGCCGCACGUACCACGAACUCUGGUAGUGGCUGGGGGCAAAAACACAAUCUAGACAAGGGCGUUAGGCGUGAAAUAGUGCAGCGCUACGCCUGCGUUGACAUACAGACGAUUCAUAUAGGAGAUGACGGGCAGGUGUGUUCAUCGGGCACUACCACGCGAAGUGUGGAGAAGGAGACAGAUAUACCCACAAAUGAUAAUGCCGCCAGGGUAAAGCAGGAGCAGCAUGCGCGGCGUAUGUCGCAGAAGCAGCAACACCUGGAAGCACAGGAGAAACAACGCCAGCAGAAGCUGAAGCAGCAACAGCACGAUGAGAAAGAACGCAUGCGUUGUCAGAAAAAGGAACGUCAAAGAUGA